UUGCAAUUAAAUUAUCUGUGAUUUUUGUCAACAUAUUCAAUAUUUUUGCCACCGCGCGCGCGUGCAUAAACCCAGUUUAACCCUUAAACGUAUUACGUUGCAUAUCCCGCAUAUCGCAAAUCCCAUAAUUUAAAGUGACUGACUAGUGAGAUCCCAGUGCGUACGUUGUUCGUUUGGCUUGAAGGCAAUUCGAUUCGUCGUCGUCGGUUUUUCCGUUUGUUCGCGUUCGCGUUGAUUUCGUAGUGGCAUAAGUGUUGUAUAUCGAAUCGGUGUCGGUGUCGGGACGUGUAAAUAUCGUACAAAAUGGCAAUGGUUAUAUCGACGCGUGCCAAGCUCGUGAUUACCGCGCUGAUUCUAUUCUUCCUGCUCGGCAUCGUCCUUGUGACGGGCUCCACGAAGGGAUGGUUCAAUCCCAACCGCUACAACGGCGAGCGGGUGGCAGCUAGGAUUCAGGCGACGGACAUCUUCGACGCCAGCGGUAUGCAGCCCCCGGGACAGACGCAGUACACGCACGAGAGACCAUACCGCGGCAUCAAGGGCGAGAAGGGCGAACGCGGGCCGAAGGGCGACAGCAUACGCGGUCCGCCGGGACCGCCGGGUCCGCCCGGGCCCAAAGGUGAUCCGGCCGUCUAUCCGCCCUUUGUGGAGACAACGAGUGCGGGGGCUAAAUACACUGGCGAGUGUACAUGUAAUGCGUCUGAUAUCCUAGAGGCCAUCAAGGACAAUGAGUCGUUGCGGGAAACGCUCCGCGGAGCGCCAGGAGCGGCGGGCAAGGAUGGAAAGCCAGGUACCCCUGGUCACACCGGAGCAACCGGAGUGCCAGGAGCUCGCGGCGCCCGGGGAUCCGAAGGUGCCCAGGGGCAGAAGGGUGAGCCAGGCGUCGACGGUCUACCCGGAGUCGUGGGUCCGCCGGGACCACCGGGUCCGCCUGGUUUGCCCGAGAAUUACGAUGAAUCCCUAAUGGUCAACUCGAUGGGCACAUUCCGGGGCACGACGCAGCCAGGACCCAAAGGUGUGCCCGGCGAGAAAGGUGAUGCGGGCCAGAAAGGAGAGCGCGGCGAUCCGGGUCACAAAGGUGCGCACGGGCCCAGUGGCGCAAAGGGUGAGCCCGGCGAGCCGGGAACACCCGGACUGCCAGGAUUGCCCGGCCAGGCUGGACAGCCUGGUGGACUCGAGGGCAUGGCCAGCGCUAACGGGACCAAGGGCGAGAAAGGAGAAAAGGGUAUGCGAGGACGACGCGGCGGCACCGGACCCGCUGGACCAAUCGGGCCGCCCGGAAAAACCGGGGCCAUGGGCGAUAUUGGACACUCGGGACGGCCGGGCAUGACAGGACCAAAGGGCGAGAUGGGACCCAAGGGCCCGAAGGGAGAUUCCGGCGGACGCGAAGGGGUCAAGGGUGACAAGGGCGACCGAGGUCAGGAUGGACGCGAUGGCCUGCCUGGACCACCGGGACUGCCUGCCACCGGUGGCAGCGAUGGUGACAGCAGCGGAGUGCAGUACAUACCGAUGCCAGGACCUCCAGGACCUCCGGGACCACCUGGCCUGCCGGGUCUCUCGAUUUCCGGACCGAAGGGUGAACCCGGAAUGGAUUCGCGUAGCAGCUUCUUUGGUGACGCCUCCUAUUAUGGCCGACCAGGUGCGCGCUCAUCUUUAGACGAACUCAAAGCACUGCGAGAGCUGCAAGAUCUGCGCGAUCGGCCCGAUGGCACAGCCGAGCCACCGCGCCAGACAGGACAUUCACACAAACAUGAAGAGGCCCUGGGGCCUGUUGAGGGCGAGGAACCAUACUUUUCGGCAUCCUCCUCGAAUAUGAAUAUGAAGAUUGUGCCCGGCGCAGUCACCUUCCAGAACAUCGAUGAAAUGACUAAAAAGUCGGCACUGAAUCCGCCGGGCACGUUGGCCUACAUCACCGAGGAGGAGGCAUUGCUCGUUCGCGUCAACAAGGGCUGGCAGUAUAUUGCGUUGGGUACCUUGGUGCCGAUUGCCACGCCCGCACCGCCCACAACGGUGGCGCCAUCGAUGCGAUUCGACCUGCAGUCGAAGAACCUGCUCAACAGCCCGCCGCCCCCGCUUAAUACGCCCACGUUUACAACCGGGCCCGAAUACGAAACGUGGUAUCCGCGAAUGCUACGCGUGGCGGCGCUGAACGAGCCCUCGGUUGGCGAUUUACAGGGAAUCCGGGGUGCGGACUUUGCCUGCUAUCGGCAGGGACGACGGGCCGGCCUCCUGGGCACCUUCAAGGCAUUCCUCUCAUCCAGGGUACAGAAUCUGGACUCGAUUGUCCGUCCGGCUGACCGGGACCUGCCCGUGGUGAAUACGCGUGGCGAUGUGCUGUUCAACUCUUGGAAGGGUAUCUUCAAUGGCCAGGGUGGAUUCUUCUCGCAGGCGCCGAGAAUCUACAGUUUCAGUGGCAAGAAUGUUAUGACAGAUCCGCUAUGGCCCAUGAAGAUGGUCUGGCAUGGCUCCUUGCCGAAUGGCGAGCGCUCUAUGGACACAUAUUGCGAUGCCUGGCACUCGAGUGCCCAUGACAAGUCCGGUUAUGCCAGCAACUUGGAGGGUCACAAGCUCCUCGAUCAGAAGAGGCAAUCCUGCGAUGGCAAGCUGAUCGUCCUGUGUGUGGAGGCUCUCUCGCAGGAUCGCAAGCGAAAGAAGCGAGACCUCGGCGGCGGCAGCAGCUACCGUAACAGUCGCAGUCACAGUCAUGACGAGAGCGAAAGUCUGGAGUUCAGCACGGCCGAGGAGUAUGCAGCGCAUUUAGAAAAUUUACUGCUGUAAUCGGAACCGGAAGGAAGAAGCAGCGGCAAGCGAGUCACACACAGUCACACCAAACCAUACUCAUACAUUAAACAAGGCGAAACAAAAACAAAAACAAAAGGAAAACAUAACAAAUCACAGCACACACACGUACAUACUAUACAUUGAAUGUAAACGUAAAUCAUGGCCAUGCAUAUAAUCAGCGAAUUCCAAACAGAAACCAAAAAAAGAAUACUCAGACGACAGAUGGAAGUUGCAUAUAAAUACAUACUUAUAAUACCCCUUACGCAUACACACUACUCGUAGGUAAUGUCUAAUAUAUUUCAUAAACAUAUAUAGCAUAUACAUAUAUAUAUCGUGGAUAUAUAUACCGGGGGUAUACUUUAUGUUCAGGGCAAGGCGACGAUGGUAACAAACAAUUUUUUGUACAAGCAGGAAACGUAUUCGUAGCUCGUAAACUGUAAUUUGUAACGUAGCAAUAGCCGUAACCGAAGUAAUGUAAUUUUUGUAAUUACGUAAGCUCACCCUCGACACAGCAGCAGAUCGAAGGAUAUAGAUCAGAGGAUCAUACAGUCUCAGCCUCCGCCUACGCAUUACUGGCCAAAUUAGUAUCCUACUUAGCUCGUAUGGCAAUGCACCCGAGAAUCGAGGAACUCUUCACCGGACUCUGUAUAUGCGUGUGUAUAAAUGUGUAUUUUUGUCGAACAAAGACUUCUAGAUGUGUGUGUAAAUUAUAAGGAACCCGAGUACCGUUUUUAACUAUCGCAUGCAGCUCAUUCUGCCCAGUCUAUCUCUAUACUAUAUACUAGGAUAUACUUGUAUGUUUUACGACCGAUUUCUACUCCAACCUUAGGCCAGAGAUUUUCUACAGUGUAGCGCGCGAUUCCAGUAAAAAAAAAAACAAUACUCGUAAUCGGAAUCCCAAAAUUCGGAUCGCCGUUUUUAUAUAUGCAUCAGAUGAUGAGUAAGGAUAAUGCAAUUAUAGCGUAACAAGCCAUUAUCCAGCCAGCCCACACACAAAACACACCGAUGGUAAAUUCGUAAUUUAUUGUCAUUCGAUAACGAAUACUUAACUAAAUUCUAAUUAUAAAUACCGAGCAUAGUUAGUUAUAUAAUAAUUUCUUUCUGCAUUUAACCAAUGCAUUUCCAACUACAAAAUUUGUAAUGUAAUUAAAUGUAAUUGUAACGACAGUUAAGGUAUUAAUUUAAAACAAUAAACCACGAAUGGCGCUAAACAAAAAGCAAAGGGCGCGCCAGGUGACAUUAUAUAGUACGAUUAAAGUAAAAUAUAUAUAUUUAGUGAAAUCAAAACUGAAGUGCAGAACAGAACCCUCUAGUCCUAAGUCUAAAUAAUAUGAUGAAAAAAGAGCGUAACAUGAAUACAUAAUAGCAUAAUAAUAUAAUUGAAUAAUACGAAAUAAUAAAACUAA